AUGGCUCAGGUAGCUCUAGAUGGUAAAUUGUCUUGUCCGAGUCCUUCUGACAUUCCGAGUCCUUCUGGCAUUCCGAGUCCUUCUGGCAUUCCGAGUCCUUCUGGCAUUCCGAGUCCUUCCUUCCGACAGGAAAAGUCCUUCCUUCCGACAGGAAAAGUUUUUCUUUCCGACAGGAAAAGUCCUUCCUUCCGACAGGAAAAGUCCUUCCUUCCGACAGGAAAAGUUUUUCUUUCCUUCAGGAAAAAUUUUUCUUUCCUUCAGGAAAAAUUUUUCUUUCCUUCAGGAAAAACUUUUCCAGUUGUCCGUCCGUAA